AUGCAUGGUGACAAUGGGACAGAAGCCUUCAUGCUACUGUUGAGAUGGGUCAAAUCCUACCUGCCUGAGAAUCAACAGGUCUAUCUUCAAUGUUUACGUGGAGGUGCCUAUGUUUUGAGAAAAUGGUCAGAUGCAUUCUCAAGGCUCUACUGUAGAUUUACCCUCCUGGUUUCAAGAUUCAAUGCGGACCAGAUAGAAGCACUUAGAGCAGUACCAAGACAUCGCCUUCUGUUAGAGACGGAUGCUCCGUAUUUUCCGCUAGAAGGGAGGGACUUUUCGUCACCAAGUAUCCUAAGAUACACAGCAGAAGCAGUCGCCUCCUUGAGGAAAGAAAAUCCAUUGGAUUUGAUGCGUCAGGCAGCAAUGAAUGCGGAUGACCUGUUUCAGUGUCCCAAGUAA